AUGUCAGCGUUGUUGUUGCAGCACCGUGCUGCCCUUUGUAGGAAAUACAGUAGAGCUUUAUUGUGGACGCUCUCAAGGCGAAACUCUCAUUUAUUGGCAAACAAGUCGAUAUCCAGCGAUGGUGUUAAAAAUGUGCUGUCCAGAUGGGGUAAUGUCAGAAAGAGGCUUCUUUCACAACCAGAGCGGACACUUACAAGUCAGCCACAGAAACUCAUUCAGGAGCUUCUUCACAGACCCGUGGGUCCUGACAUGGUGGGAAUUAGCAAAGAGUUAAUCAAAAGCAACCUGCUGAGGAACCCUGUUGGUUUGAUAAAUCUAUUAGGGGCAACAGACUUCUUCAGUUCACCUCAACCUGAACAAGAGAAAAAUAAAAAAAGUAAUGGACCAAAGGGAAAAACUCCAGAGGAAGAUGAAGAGGAGAAGAAACGUCGUGAGCAGGAGGACCGGAUGUACCGGGAGCGCCUGCGGACCCUCUUCAUCAUUGCGCUCAUCAUGAGCCUGCUGAACUCCAUUAAUACCAGCGGUGGUAACAUCUCUUGGAAUGACUUUGUCAAUGAGAUGUUGGCCAAGGGGGAGGUGUCACGUGUGCAGGUCGUUCCUGAGAGUGACAUUGUAGAAAUCUACCUUCACCCCGGAGCAGUUAUCUUUGGAAGACCUAGGCUGGCGCUCAUGUACAGAAUGCAGGUUGCCAACAUUGACAAAUUUGAGGAGAAGCUGAGAGCUGCUGAAGAGGAGCUGAAUAUUGACACCAAGGACAGGAUACCGGUGUCCUACAAACGCACUGGAUUCUUUGGGAAUGCCGUCUAUGCUCUGGGGAUGGCUGCCAUCGGUGUGGCUAUUCUCUGGUAUAUCUUUCGACUAGCAGGCAUGGUUGGCAGAGAGGGCGGCUUCAGUGCUUUUAAUCAGCUGAAGAUGGCCAAGUUCACCAUUGUGGACAGCAAGUCGGGUAAAGGUGUGAGUUUCAAAGAUGUAGCAGGCAUGCAUGAGGCCAAGAUGGAGGUAAAGGAGUUUGUUGACUACCUCAAGAAUCCAGAACGAUACCUUCAGCUGGGAGCCAAGGUUCCCAAAGGUGCAUUACUGCUUGGGCCUCCAGGCUGUGGGAAGACCCUUCUGGCUAAGGCUGUAGCCACUGAGGCCCAGGUGCCCUUUCUGGCUAUGGCUGGCUCUGAGUUUGUGGAGGUCAUUGGAGGCCUGGGUGCUGCUAGGGUCAGGAGUCUGUUCAAGGAGGCUCGAGGCCGAGCGCCCUGCAUCGUCUACAUCGAUGAGAUUGAUGCUGUGGGAAAGAAGCGCUCCACCAACAUGUCAGGUUUCUCCAAUACUGAAGAGGAGCAGACCCUCAAUCAGCUGCUGGUAGAGAUGGAUGGAAUGGGAACAACGGACCAUGUCAUUGUCCUGGCUUCCACUAACCGAGCAGAUAUCUUGGACAAUGCCCUCAUGAGACCAGGCAGACUGGACAGGCACAUCUUUAUAGAUCUGCCCACACUACAGGAGAGGAAGGAGAUUUACGAGCAACAUCUGAAGAUCUUGAAGUUGACCCAACCAGCUAAUUUCUACUCUCUGCGUCUGGCUGAGCUCACCCCUGGUUUCAGUGGUGCAGACAUUGCUAACAUUUGCAACGAAGCUGCCCUGCAUGCUGCCAGAGAGGGGCACAAGUCCAUCGAUACCUUUAAUUUUGAGUACGCAGUGGAGAGAGUAAUAGCAGGAAGUGUAAAGAAGAGUAAGAUCCUGUCUAAAGAGGAGCAGAGGGUGGUUGCCUUCCAUGAGUCUGGACAUGCUUUAGUGGGAUGGCUACUUGAGCACACAGAGGCAGUCAUGAAGGUGUCCAUUGCCCCACGGACUAACGCAGCACUGGGAUUUGCCCAGAUUCUACCCCGUGACCAGUACCUUUUUACUAAGGAACAGUUGUUUGAGCGGAUGUGUAUGGCCCUGGGAGGAAGAACAGCUGAGGCUAUCACCUUUAACAAGGUUACAACAGGAGCUCAGGAUGACUUGCGUAAGGUGACACGUGUGGCCUACUCUAUGGUGAAGCAGUACGGCAUGUGUGACAGUGUCGGCCAGGUCUCAUUCCCAGAUACGCAGGAGCAAGGUGCCAUUGGACGUCGUCCUUUCAGCCAGGGCCUGCAGCAGCAAAUGGACCACGAGGCUAAGAUGUUGAUAGCCCGUGCAUACAGGCACACAGAGAAGCUACUACUGGACAACAGAGACAAGCUGAUACUGUUGGCCAAUGUGCUGUUAGAGCGUGAGGUGGUGAACUACGAUGACAUCGAAGCCCUGCUGGGUCCACCACCCUACGGGCCCAAGAAGAUGAUCAUCCCACAGAGCUGGUUGGAGGCGGAGAGGGACAAACAAGACACAGGAGAAGACGAGCCUCAACCACCUCCCCGCAAACAGAGAGAAGAUGACGUGGAACCACACAUGGUCUGAUCUUAAAUGGUCUCAGAAUGAUUUUCCAGCUACAUUUUGGGGCUAAUCAGGGGCUGAGUGAAUUUUAUAAAACCUGGCAUUGAUUCCUUCUCUUUGAAGUUUUAUAUGCCUGAAAGUGAAAUCAUCAAAGUUUCUUAAAAACUUCUGCAGUCCAUGCAGACAAGCCAGUGCAACUUUGAGAACUAUUAUUUUGGGAGGAAUUCUAUCAUUUUUAGCUUGUGCUUGCUGCACAGCCGUAUUAUUGUGCCACGGAAGCACUAAAAAUAAGUCUGUUUAAACAGGAUGUCUCUAACUAGCUUAAACUGCAGACAGCCUAAAAAAGCCCUCUAAUCAGCAUUUACUGAAUGUGCAAUCAACAAUUAUAUGCCCUGUCCUAGAAUUCCAAAACUCUGUUUGCUAAUGCCUGAAACUGAUGUGGGAUCAUUUUUAUACAGACAUACUGUAGCAUGUACAGGUUUGGAUUCAAGUAUUACUUUGGACAAUAUAUGUUGUUUCACAUCUGUAAAUGACAUGGCAAAGGAACUGGUAGCCAUUUGUAACAUAAUCAUUCUGUACUGAAAACAGUUGACUCUAGGGGCUACUUGUACUUUCUCAGAGACUUUCUACACCAAAUAUAUUUGCAUUCAUUCAGGGGACUCACAUCUACACAAACACAUUAAUGUCCACAUUAUUGUGUUUGGUAUUCAAGUGAGCUGCAGUAAAGAAUUAUAACAGAUUGUAGUAGAUUGCUGUGGACAUUUAGUGUGUAGUUUAAGAGUUUAAGAAAGACAUUUUGAAAUACCCCUUUAAGACUGAAAUAUCAAAGCGUUAAUAAUUAAGCUGCAGAUAUUACUCCCCACACCGUAGUUCCUCUCUCACCGCGAGACAUACAGAUUGAGUUAACAGAUUUAGUUUGUGUUUUCUUUGAGAAAAAGUCUUCAUUAGGGACUGUGUUUUGGUUGAAGUGAAUGUGAAGCCACAAAGGAUGAUGUUGCGAAAUAUUAAAGUUUUAUUUAAA